AUGUUUGUGGCUUUGUGCCUACUGAAUGCCUCAUUUUUGUCAAACGAGAGCAUCGCUAACACAGAAGACAACGCUGCGUGCGUCUUCAUAGCACUGGUGCUGCAUUACUCCAUGCUGGCCUCAUUCACCUGGUUCUUCAUUCAAGCUCUUCAUAUGUACUUAUGGCUCAUCAGACAGAAUGUCACAAUCACAAACUACAUGAGGAAGAUCACUGUGUUGGGCUGGGCGUUUCCCGCUCCAAUAGUCAUAGCUAUUGCUUCUGUAGGAGAAUAUAAAACACUGAUCCUAAAGACAACGUCUGGAAAAAUUUCACGAAUGUGCUGGAUUACAAAUCCCUUCAUUCACUACGCAGUGAACAUCGGCUACUACGCUUUAGUUUUCAUCUUCACGACAGGAAUCUUCAUCACUAUCUUAACUAGGAUUGUCCAGGCCAGACGCCUAAGAGCAACUGACAGCAAGAGAAAGACGUUCAGAAAGCAGCUGAUGAUGGUGUUGAGUUUGUUCCUGCUCUUCGGUCUGACAUGGUCUGUGGCGUUCUUCAGUUAUGGACCGAUGCUCAUUCCCUCAUAUUACAUAUUCACUGUGCUGAACUCAUUACAGGGGUUUUUCCUCUUCCUGUAUUACUACCACAUUCACAAUGAUGUUGCAGGUUGUUUCUCUGAUGAUCCAGAAAGCACCGACUCCACCAAAACCAUCACUCAAUCCAGCAUUAAUGCUGUGGAAAAUAUUCAGGGGAACAAAACUGCCUGUAUCAAACAACCUCAGACAAAUUUCAGUAAACCUGAAAUUAAAAAAGACAAGGAUGGAUUUAUUGAUCCUGCCGAUGCAUCAGACGCCUUGGACAAAAUGGAGUCCCUGUUAAAGGAGAUGAAAAAAGACAAUAAACACAGUGCGUCAGUUGUCAUGGGGGAUGUUAUUGGUGUUAUCCAAAGACAAGCCGAGAACGCAGAAAUUGAAGACUUUUGCUACUCUUCAGAACAGAAUGUGAUGAACGUAAGGCCUGAGAAUGACCUGGAGAAAGGUCAUUUUCCCUGGUCUGUAAUGAUUCCCAGUGAGGCCUUUGAUAAAGCAAGUCUGGAAAACAAUGAAAGUGCAUUUGUUGAAGUUUUUCGGUUCAAAAACAUGGGAAGGAAGGAUGAAACUAACAGUGUUUUGAACAAUGAGGUUUAUGGAAUAACGAUGAGGGACAAUAUCUUCAACCUUACUAACAAUAUUGAAAUGUUCUUUACUCAAAAUGAUCAGGUCGGUAAGGCGUCCUGUGUUUCUUGGGAUGGCAAAGGAGGACUUAAAUGGACGACAUCUGGCUGUGAGACAGAGCAAAUCGACAACAACACUAUAAAGUGCUCCUGCUCACAUCUGACGUUCUUUGCAGUGCUGAUGUCUCUGACAGAUGAAAACAACACAGAGCUGGAAUCAUUGACCUUCAUUUCUUAUAUUGGCUGCAGCAUCUCCAUGUUUUUUAUGGCCAUCGCUUUAUUCAUGCAUUUCCUGCUACGGAAAGCCAAAUCAAAUCAGGCCACGAAGAUCUUGAUGAACAUGUUUGUGGCUUUGUGUCUACUGAAUGUCUCUUUUUUGUCAAACGAGAGCGUCGCUAACACAGGAGACAACGCUGCGUGCGUCUUCAUAGCGCUGGUCCUGCAUUACUCUAUGCUGACCUCAUUCACCUGGUUCUUCAUUCAAGCUCUUCAUAUGUACUUAUGGCUGAUCAGUCAGAACGUCACCAUCACAAACUACAUGAGGAAGAUCACCGUGUUGGGCUGGGCGUUUCCCGCUCCAAUAGUCAUAGCUAUUGCUUCUGUAGGAGAAUAUAAAACACUGAUCCUAAAAACGUCUGGAAAAAUUUCACUAAUGUGCUGGAUUACAAAUCCCUUCAUUCACUACGCAGUGAACAUCGGCUACUACGCUUUAGUUUUCAUCUUCACGACAGGAAUCUUCAUCACUAUCUUAACUAGGAUUGUCCAGGCCAGAUGCCUAAGAGCAACUGACGGCAAGAGAAAGACAUUCAGAAAGCAGCUGAUGAUGGUGUUGAGUUUGUUCCUGCUCUUCGGUCUGACGUGGUCUGUGGCGUUCUUCAGUUAUGGACCGAUGCGCAUUCCCUCAUAUUACAUAUUCACUGUGCUGAACUCAUUACAGGGGUUUUUCCUCUUCCUGUAUUACUACCACAUUCACAAGGACCUUGCUGGUCAUUUCUCUGAUGAUCCAAGAAGCUCCGGCUCCACCACAACAAUGGUUCCACCCAACAUGAAUGGUCUGGAAAAUGUUUAUAAGUAGCCUAAUUAAGACAGAA